AUGACUACCCAUACUCCCACCUUUAUCAACCUGCCUCCUCCUCCCUCGGACCCUGUUACUCCAUCGGAACUGGGACCGGGAACUCCCAAUUCAGGCACUACUUCCCUCUCCGCCCUAUCUACGACUGCCAUUAAAGACGGUCAUCAGGGACAGGCAUGGCCUCAUGGUCGCCACCACGCACACCACACCUCAUCCGCUUCUAUCUCUUCGACUAAUACCUUGGAGGCUGAGCGCGCGGAUCGCAUCUCCCGCCUGGCCGGUCUCGAGCGUGUCGCUACUGCGCGAUCGGGUGGCCAGACAUCCUCCAACGCCGCCUACGCCGCCUCGCACGCACCAGGCUACUUCGAUAGCAAUGCCCAGCUAAAGGAGCGCAGCACAGUUGGCAGUGCUAGUGCUACCGGCAGCUACGGCGGCAACACAACCUGGAGCGAUGCUUUUGAUGCCGAUAAGAUGAGCGAGGACGACAGCGUCAGCAACGUUAGCGACGAGGGCAAUGCUAGCUUGGUCGGCUUUGGCGAGGGUGCCAACAGUACCAUCAGUGGCCCAACAUCUGCCCGUCCAUCCGGUAUGAACUAUGUUCCAUCCGGUGGCUUUGGCGGUCGUCCUACCUCCAUGAGCUCCAACGUCGGUCGCGCCAACCCUCUCGCUUCAUACAUUCAGCAGCAGCAACAGGAGCAGGCAGAUGACAGCCAUGUUAUGGCGCAUUCGCCGGCUGGCUCUGCUACCCCUGAGCCUAUGACUGAGGAUCCACGUUACGUCAACGGUAUGACCUUCGAUUCGGAUACUGUGGAUACGACUGUUCGUACUCCUCGACUGGUUAUGUCUCCUAGCAGUGGGUCUGAGGACAAGACCCGUAAGUAG